AUGCCCUAUUCCGACAGUAAUUACGUGGCAGUCACUCGCCAUCGUCGACCCUUUUCCACUUGCUCCAAAAGCAACCUUGGCGAAGGAGGCUCGCGUCCUCCCGUAUUGGAAAUUGUCGACGAUGAUUGGGCAGCUGACAAGCUUAGUGAUGAUGAGGUGGAUGUGGGAAAGCAUGAAGCAGCUGUUGCUCCUCUCUUGGAAGAAGGAGAGUUGGAUGCGGAUGCCAUUGUUGUUUCUCCGACUGGAAAUUCCGCAUCUGCCGCCAAUAGUGCCGCGGAACGAAGACGCCGAGAAGAAGGAUGGAAUGAUCUAGGAUUAGAUCAAUUGGAUAGCAACAAUCCUUGGUCCCUUUCGACUGGACAAACAUGGAACAAUGCUACCAAUCAACAGCAGCAGCAGGAUGCCGGCGGUGGAAAUAAUAAUAAUGGGGGCAACAAUUAA